CUUGUUAAAAUCCUUAGUUAAGCGUAAGUAUCCAGGCACAGGCUAGCUAAAAGUUAUUAUUCAAGCUAAUCCUACAUUUUAGUACUAAAAUCACAAAACCUAUGCAUAAUAUUCAAGUAUAUACUAGGUUAGCAACUUAUAAGAAAUCAUUUCUUCCUUCACUGGCCACGCUGUUUCUGAUACAAGCCAGAAUGCCGUUGGCCUUCUUGGCCACCUGGGCACGCUGCUGGCUCAUAUUCAGCCGGCUGCCAGCCAACACCUCCAAACGGUGGAGCUGCCAGCGGGAAUAUGUGGCGACUGCCGUCAGCGCCCAUUCAUUAACACCAAACUCAAUAUCCCAGGGGGCGUGGCCUCAGUAUAAGGCAUGAGUACACGAUGGGCGUGGCCUAAGGGGAAGGGGCGUGGCCUCAGGGCAAACAGGGAUUACGCGAUGGGCGUGGCCUAAUGUAAGGGGGCGUGGCUCCCCGUGCCUCCUCCUGACGUCCGGCUCAGACAAUGGGCGAAGCGGCCCCUCAGCACCGGAAGCUAACGGCUCGGGUUUCGGCGCACAUUCCUCCGCGGCGGAAGUAGAGCCGGCCCCUCCCUCCUCGCCCCUCCUCCAUUCUCUAACCCCCUUCCCUCCCACGUCGCGCUGUAAGGUGUCCUGAGGAGUGGUUUCGCUCGUGGAUCAGCCGCAGGAGUGCUUCUGGGAGCGGCGGGAGCGGGAGGUGUCCGGUCCCUCGGCGCCUGGAUCCUCCUCGCCACAAGAGUAGCGGAGGGACUACUUUUCAGCUUGGAAGGCUACGUCGCACUUCGUUUCCGGCGGAGAGGGCUGCGAGCCUGACGCGUCACUUCCGGCGAGGUGGAAGGCGAGCCGGAGGGGCUCGGAGAGGGGGGAGGGAGGCAGCUCCGGGGGACGGGACAGUAGCGCUCGGUCGCCGCCGCCGGAGGAUGCGCUUCGGCCCCCGGCUCGGCCGCGCCCGCCGCCCCUGAGGGGCCGCUGUCCCCUCCCCGCCCCCGGCCGCCCUGCCCCGUCGCGGCGCCCGGCGGCGCCCGCCCCCUGCGGCCAUGGCGGGGGGUGGCGGGUCGCGCUACGCCGCCGAGUUCGUGCCCCCGCCCGAGUGCCCCGUGUUUGAGCCCAGCUGGGAGGAGUUCAGCGACCCGCUCGGCUUCAUCGGCCGCAUCCGAGGCCUGGCCGAGAAAACCGGCAUCUGCAAGAUCCGGCCCCCCAAGGACUGGCAGCCUCCAUUUGCCUGCGAAGUACAAAGUUUUCGUUUCACUCCACGAAUUCAGCGCCUGAAUGAACUGGAGGCAAUGACAAGAGUGAAGCUGGACUUCUUGGAUCAGUUAGCAAAAUUUUGGGAACUCCAAGGAUCCAAUUUAAAAAUCCCUGUAGUAGAGAGAAAAAUACUGGAUCUCUAUGGUCUGAGCAAGAUUGUUGCCAGCAAAGGAGGCUUUGAAGUAGUCACUAAAGAGAAGAAAUGGUCUAAAGUGGCAAGUCGGCUUGGCUACCUGCCAGGAAAAGGCACAGGGUCGUUACUGAAGUCUCAUUAUGAACGAAUCUUGUACCCCUAUGAGCUCUUCCAGUCUGGGGUCAGCCUUAUGGGCAUCCAAAAGCAGAACUUGGACCUUAAGGAAAAAGUGGAAGCUGAGGACCUCAGCUCAGACGCUCAGGCUUCCCCAAAGCAGGCUUCAAGAAUGAACGUUGUGCUGAAGAGAACCAGGCGUGUCAAAUCCCAGGCAGAGGGAGGAGAAAUGAGUAGAAAUACUGAACUAAAGAAGCUGCAGAUCUUUGGAGCUGGACCCAAGAUGAUGGGAUUGACAUUGGGAACAAAGGAUAAAGAGGAUGAGGUGACACGAAGACGCAAGGGAACCAGAUCAGAAGCAUUUGGAAUGCAGAUGAGGCAACGCAAAGGAACUCUUUCUGUCAACUUUGUUGAUCUAUAUGUUUGCUUAUUCUGUGGCAGAGGAAAUAAUGAGGACAAACUGCUACUGUGUGAUGGAUGUGAUGACAGCUAUCAUACUUUUUGCUUGAUUCCUCCUUUACCUGAUGUACCCAAAGGUGACUGGAGGUGUCCCAAGUGUGUUGCUGAGGAAUGCAACAAACCCCGUGAGGCCUUUGGAUUUGAACAAGCUGUCAGGGAAUACACUCUCCAGAGCUUUGGUGAAAUGGCUGAUAAUUUCAAGUCUGAUUAUUUCAAUAUGCCGGUCCAUAUGGUUCCCACUGAGCUUGUAGAAAAAGAGUUCUGGCGAUUGGUGAGCAGCAUAGAAGAAGAUGUCAUUGUGGAAUAUGGGGCUGAUAUCUCAUCCAAGGACUUUGGAAGUGGCUUCCCAGUAAAAGAUGGCCGACGAAAGCUGAUGCCAGAGGAGGAGGACUACGCACUUUCUGGUUGGAACUUGAAUAACAUGCCAAUUCUAGAACAAUCGGUCCUUGCUCACAUCAAUGCAGAUAUCUCUGGGAUGAAGGUACCUUGGCUGUAUGUGGGGAUGUGCUUCUCCUCGUUUUGCUGGCAUAUUGAGGAUCACUGGAGCUAUUCCAUCAACUACCUGCAUUGGGGAGAGCCAAAGACAUGGUACGGCGUGCCCUCUAACGCAGCAGAGCAGCUAGAGGAUGUGAUGAAGGAAUUGGCUCCUGAGCUGUUUGAAUCCCAGCCUGAUCUCCUGCAUCAGCUGGUCACCAUUAUGAAUCCCAAUGUACUGAUGGAACACGGUGUACCAGUGUACAGGACCAAUCAGUGUGCUGGGGAGUUUGUUGUCACCUUCCCUCGUGCCUAUCAUUCUGGAUUUAACCAGGGAUAUAACUUUGCUGAAGCUGUGAACUUCUGCACUGCUGACUGGCUUCCUAUUGGUCGUCAGUGUGUGAGUCAUUACCGAAGGCUUGGACGUCAUUGUGUUUUCUCCCAUGAAGAGCUGAUCUUCAAGAUGGCUGCAGAUCCAGAGUCCUUGGAUGUUGGGCUGGCUGCCAUGGUCUGCAAGGAGAUGACUCUACUGAUAGAGGAGGAGACACGAUUAAGGGAUUCUGUUGUACAGAUGGGAGUGUUGAUGUCUGAGGAAGAAGUGUUUGAACUGGUUCCAGAUGAUGAGCGUCAGUGCACAGCUUGCAGAACCACGUGCUUCUUGUCAGCUCUUACAUGUUCCUGUAAUCCUGAGCGUCUGGUAUGCUUAUACCAUCCAUCUGAUUUAUGUCCUUGUCCCAUGCAGAAGAAGUGUCUAAGGUACCGGUACCCACUGGAAGACCUUCCUUCUUUGCUAUAUGGAGUGAAAGUUAGAGCACAGUCUUAUGACACUUGGGUCAGUAGAGUAACAGAGGCUCUGUCUGCCAAUCUCAACCACAAAAAAGAUGUGAUUGAGCUGAGGGUAAUGUUGGAGGAUGCUGAGGACAGGAAAUAUCCAGAGAAUGACCUUUUCCGCAGGCUCAGAGAUGCUGUGAAAGAAGCAGAGACCUGUGCUUCAGUAGCACAGCUGCUUCUGAGCAAAAAGCAAAAACACAGCAGGCAGAGCCAAGAUAGUGGAAGGACACGGACCAAACUAACUAUGGAGGAGCUUAAAGCGUUUGUGCAGCAGUUGUUUAGCCUGCCCUGUGUUAUCAGCCAGGCCCGACAAGUAAAGAAUCUGCUUGAUGAUGUAGAAGAAUUUCAUGAGCGUGCCCAAGAAGCUAUGAUGGAUGAGAUUCCAGAUUCCUCCAAGCUGCAGGAGUUGAUAGACAUGGGCUCUGGCCUUUAUGUAGAACUUCCUGAACUGCCAAGGCUGAAGCAAGAAUUGCAGCAGGCACGGUGGCUGGAUGAGGUGAGGUCCACCCUCUUGGAUCCCCAGAGGGUCACCCUCGAUGUGAUGAAGAAGCUGAUUGACUCGGGUGUGGGCUUGGCACCGCACCAUGCUGUAGAGAAAGCCAUGGCUGAGCUGCAGGAGCUGCUUACAGUCUCAGAGAGAUGGGAGGAGAAGGCCAAGGUCUGCCUGCAGGCAAGACCACGCCAAAGUAUGAUGGCUCUGGAGGGCGUCGUGAAUGAAGCAAAGAACAUCCCUGCUUACCUGCCCAACGUCCUGGCGCUGAAAGAAGCACUGCACCGGGCUAGAGACUGGACAGCCAAAGUGGAGGCCGUUCAGAAUGGGAGCAACUAUGCCUACCUGGAGCAACUGGAGAGCUUGUCGGCCAAAGGCCGCCCAAUACCAGUGCGUCUUGAUGCUCUGCCGCAGCUGGAGUCGCAGGUAGCUGCUGCACGCGCCUGGAGAGAGCGCACAGGAAGGACAUUUCUGAAGAAGAACUCAAGCUAUAGUCUGUUACAGGUUCUGAGCCCUCGGACUGAUAUUGGUGUUUAUGGGAGCAGUAAGAACAGGCGGAAGAGGGCAAAGGAGUUGAUGGAGAAGGAAAAGGAGAAAGAUCUUGAUUUGGAAUCUCUAAGUGAACUGGAAGAUGGGCUGGAGGAGGCCAGAGACACUGCAGCUGUGGUGGCUAUAUUCAAGGAGCGGGAACAGAAGGAGAUCGAAGCCAUGCAUGCUCUCAGGGCAGCUAACCUGGCGAAGAUGACUAUGGUGGAUCGGAUCGAAGAAAUCAAAUUCUGUAUCUGUCGCAAAACAGCUAGUGGAUUUAUGCUACAGUGUGAGCUGUGCAAAGACUGGUUUCAUAGUGGCUGUGUGCCUCUUCCCAAAAUGAGUUCUCAGAAGAAGGGCUCUAGUUGGCAGGCCAAAGAAGUGAAGUUUCUGUGUCCACUUUGCAUGCGUUCUCGAAGGCCGCGGCUUGAGACUAUACUGUCUCUGCUGGUGUCCCUACAGAAGCUGCCUGUACGGCUGCCGGAGGGGGAGGCAUUGCAGUGCUUGACAGAACGUGCCAUGAGUUGGCAGGACCGAGCGCGGCAGGCUUUGGCCACUGAUGAGUUGUCUUCUGCUUUGGCUAAGCUUUCUGUGCUCAGCCAGCGAAUGGUGGAGCAGGCAGCACGGGAGAAAACAGAGAAAAUAAUAAGUGCAGAGCUACAGAAAGCAGCAGCUAACCCAGACCUGCAGGGACACUUGACUAGUUUCCAGCAAUCCGCCUUUAACAGAGUGAUAGGGAGCGUGUCCUCAUCUCCACGACAGACUUUGGAUUACGAUGAUGAAGAGACAGAUUCUGAUGAAGACGUCAGGGAGACCUAUGGCUAUGACAUAAAGGACAAUGCCAGUGUAAAAUCUUCUAGCAGCUUGGAGCCCAAUUUGUUUUGUGAUGAGGAAAUCCCCAUUAAAUCAGAGGAAGUGGUGACACACAUGUGGACUGCUCCCUCAUUCUGUGCUGAACAUGCUUAUUCAUCUGCUUCUAAAAGCUGCUCUCAAGGUUCUAGCACUCCAAGGAAGCAGCCUCGGAAGAGUCCUCUGGUACCUCGCAGUCUGGAGCCGCCUGUAUUGGAGCUGUCACCUGGAGCAAAAGCUCAGCUGGAAGAUCUAAUGAUGGUGGGAGAUCUACUGGAAGUAUCGCUGGAUGAGACUCAGCACAUCUGGCGGAUUUUACAGGCUACGCAUCCACCGUCUGAGGACAGAUUCCUUCAUGUCAUGGAGGAUGACAGCAUGGAUGAGAAACCAUUGAAAAUGAGAGGGAGAGACUCUUCUGAGAGGAAGCGGAAACGAAAGCUGGAGAGAGCAGAGCAGUUCUUUGGAGAUAUGAAGCAAAAAUCUAAAGAGCUUAAAAAACUGGAAAAACCUAAGAAGAAGAAGCUAAAACUCACCAUAGAUAAGACAAAGGAGCUGAACAAGCUGGCAAAGAAACUGGCUAAGGAAGAGGAACGGAAGAAGAAGCAGCGGGAGAAGGCAAUUGUGCCAAAGGUGGAAUUAGUAAAGGAGAGUGCAGAGAAAAAAAGAGAGAAGAAGGUUCUAGAUAUUCCUUCCAAGUAUGACUGGUCAGGAGCAGAGGAGUCGGAUGAUGAGAAUGCUGUAUGUGCUGCACAGAACUGCCAGAGGCCCUGCAAGGACAAAGUAGACUGGGUGCAGUGUGAUGGUGGCUGCGAUGAGUGGUUUCAUCAAGUUUGUGUUGGUGUCUCUCCAGAAAUGGCUGAAAAUGAGGAUUACAUCUGUAUAAACUGUGCAAAGAAGCCAAUGCAGGGACCAAGUAGCCCUGCUCACGCACCACCUCCUCCUUUCUUAUUGAGCUACAAACUACCAAUGGAAGAUCUUAAGGAGACAAGUUAGCAGCUACUUGAUGCCUGGAACUUCUUGGGAAAUGGACCACUGAAACCCUUCAAAAAGGGAGGGUUUGAAGCUAAUGUAGCCACUGAGCUUCACUUCCAAGGAUGUACAGACCUGCAGCAGAGUUGGUCCCUUCCUUUCAGCUGGCUUCCUUCAUAGCAUGGGGACGUCAAGGCACAGUGGUACCAACUCGCCUAUGCAGACACCGCUUGAUUAAGGAGCUCCAGCCAGUGUUUUUUGACUUGAGUAUUUCCAUCUUUGAGUGUGGCUGUUGCUCUUAGAGACUGAGCAAACCCAAGGCUGUUAGAUUAGACACUGCAAAGUGUUAGAAGUACGUGAUGGCAGUGGAGCUGGCCUGGAAUUGGUAGACAUAAGCUGGAGCUUUUAGACCUACCAUGUUACCCUAAGGAGAUGACUUUGGAAGUUAUCUUUUGUCUACCUAUGCCAAGCCAGUGAGUAGGGCAAUGUCUUGGGAGAGUUAAGUUGCCUCCAUAUGCAGGCAGCUAACACUACGCUAUAAGGAUGGGAGCAAGUGGAUGAAUUUCUUCUGAUUUGUCUUUUGUAGCUAAAGGACAGAGGAGCUCAUGAUCUCAAAAAUAAGCAAAGGUUCUGUUUACCAAAAAAGAAACCCAACUCUACUCUACUAGGCAAAAAGUUUUUUUUCCUUAGUGAGGAACAGCUGAUCUUUCUGUCCCAAGGAGGACCAGAAAAUAUUAAUGAAGAUGUCUAGCUAGACCAGAGCUUGGGAAAAGCAGAGUGCUUCCCUUGCUAUAGGGUUGCCCUCUCCUCUUCUAGGCUUUGCUUAGAGUUCUGCACUCCUGCACAUUAAAGUUGUCUCACGCAGGAUGGAGCUGGCAAGGAGGUAUAGCACCCAGGGCACCAGCUUCUGUGAUCUGUACCCAGGGAUGGGAAGGAAAGAAGACAGCCCACUUACCUCAGAAGUUACACUGACAUGUGCUUCUGUGAAAAGUUUCACUCACAACUAUUUCCAGUAUCACCAGGCUACGGGCAUGGCCUCAAGUGAUACUAGCAAGCAGUCUGCAGAUACUGUUCGCAGUGCAAAUCCCCUUCCCUGCUGGCUUUGCUGGAUGUGUACCAGUGUACAAUCAGCAACAGUUCUUGUCCGAAGUUGCCCCUGACUUUGCCAGGGAACCAGAGGGCUUGGGGUCAUCCUGGGUGACAGUUGUUUUAGUAAAUCCAUUUUUAAAGAAGGACUUGUUUUUACUUUUUUCUAAAUGUCUCAGACUACUGACUUGUUCUAUAAAUAGAUUAUUUUUCUUUGAUUUUUUUAUACUUACCACUGUUAACCAGCAGCACAGACAGAGGUUCACAAAGCAAAAACCUGCCCGUGGGCUUGGGUUUUUUUACUCCAUUCCUUCCUUGUAGUACAAGGAAUUAGCAGUUACCUUCCCCAUUCUAGCUUGACCAGCUGCCUGUGUUUAAAUAGGUAAAUACAUUUCAUGUGCUACCUUUGUAUUUGGGUUUGUUCCUAUUAGUGGGGCAUCUGGGCCUUAACGACUCCAGUGGAUGCUGGUUUUGUGUAUGUGAAUGUCUUAAGCCAGCCACUGGGCUGUUUUGUCCCCCUCUCCACUCGCUCCCUAUGUGUCCAUUCUUCUGCAGUUCUAGGAGUGUUGUAAGUAGGGUCCAGUCUUACUAGGAGCUGGAUUGGGAUUUAAAGAAAUAUUGACAAAACCAGAAGUGUUCUGUCUUGACUGUUCUGUGUCCCUUCUCUUGUUCUCUAAUAAUUUGGAAGUUUAUUUAUCUGGCAGAAUUAUCCUUCCAAAAAAAAUUCAGCUCAGGUAGACAAACUUUAUCUGUUUAUUUUGUUUGUGCUUGCUGCCUGGGAAGAGGAAGACGUGCAGAAGAAAAAGAUCUAAGAUGGAAGGCAGAAGAUACGGGGGUUUGGGAGCUUUGAGUGCAAAUUUGGCACAGACUUCUAAUUCCUGCUUCUUAAAGACUUACAUGGUGUUAAAAGCAAAAGCAAGCUGUGGUUAAGCAUGUGGCUGGAUGGGCACCCUAGUAAACUUAAGAGUAUUAUUUGUUUACUUAUUUAUGAAGGAGUCUAUGCUAUAGCUAGACAUACCCUCUUUUUGCCUUCAGUUACAUAUUUUUUUCUUCUCAAUGUACACUUAGUUUUGGUAAACUGGUUUAAACAGAUGUUAUUUUCCUUCAAGCUUUAAUUGAUGGUACUACAUAAAUGUUUCCCUAUAUGAAGUGGUUAGACUAUCUGUCACAGGUGUUUAAUCGUUCCAGAAGUAGACUAGUGCAAGAUUUCUUAAAGAAUCCCAGUGUUCUGUAUUCUUUCCUGACUCCUAGAAUCCAUGACACAACAGGGAAAAUAUGGUUAGCGUAUAGUGUUAGCCACUGAGCAUAUCCUCUCAACCAUGCCUCCGUUCUCUGUCGUGAUCAAGUCAUUGUUAUAUGUAAUUACCAUCAACUGGAAAAGAGAUCUCUUAGUAAAUCUUCAUUGAAUGUUUCUGUUUUUCUAAGUAGAAGGUGUGGUGGAGAACAUUCACCGUAGUCCCAGUUACCACAAGAUGGAAGGAAACAAUUGUACCAUGCAAUGGUCAAUUAUUCUGCUUGAAGCAAGCGUAGAGAAGAGUAAACAACAGAGAAAUGUGCAAAUAAUAUUAAAAGGUCACAUUUUUAGUAGCUGUCUUUUACAUUACAUGGAGAGGCUCUUUAUUAUGCUAUCAAAAGGAGAUUGCCACACUUCUUCCUAGUUAAUGGAUGUCUCAUCUGGUUUUGGGUAAGGUGUUUAUAAACUGAAGACCAUUAUUAGCUUUACAUCUUCUUGUUUAAGCUUAUUUUUGAAAAGCAUAAUUCUUCUCAAAGGAUUGCUGAUAGUAUGAACUUAUGAAUAAAUGUUAACUUUUGGAAAAAUCUGUAGAUUUGUAGUUAGUGUUGAAAAACCUAAAGCUACAGCUGUUGUGUUUUCUCCAGACCUUAGGGGUUUGAAUUUUGUAAAAGUGUACACAAAGAAGUAAGCCAAAGUUAAGCUAAAGGAGAUUAUUUUCUUACAUGUCUGCUAUAGCUGUAGGAAAAAUCCCUCAUGCUUAGAGACACAGUCUCAGCAUACACAAAAUCUUAGCUUGUGUGCCUAGAAAGGCAUGUGUUUUAAUGCUGUAUUCUACAAAGGGUACUAGCCAUUAUUCAUGUGAUUUCUCUUCAUGUGUCUGACAUAAAAAGGUCAAAGAAAUGACCUGAGCUGUUGUGAGGAAUGAAAAUUAGCCAGGGCUUGAGUUGUGUAUCUUACCCAAACCAUGUGGUUUCAAGCUUUUUUGGGUUUUUCUUUAUAAGAACCAGGGCCUGGAAUUGGGCAGCUUUACUUGCCUGGCAGUAAACAUCGCUCCUGAAUUCGAGUACCACUACUGUUAGGAUUUACGCUUCUGAGAGAUUAUCUGUACCUGAAUGCCUGUGCAGCCUGGACUGUUUGGUAAUGUGGGCUUAAGAUAAUUUCUAUAAUAUCGAUUUUAGCUUAAAGGAUUGGAAUACACAGUGUAAGAUAACACAGAUGUCUGUGCAUUUUGUUAGCCACAUCAGGAAGCUUGCAUUGAUAAUUGUGGGUUUUAGAAUCACAGAGUGUUUUAGGUUAGGGGGACUUCUGGUGGCUAUCUGGUUAAAUAUCCUGACUUAAACAGGGCUGACUUUGAAAAUGGAUCAAGUUUUUCAGGGCUGUAUCCAGCCAAAUUUUGAGAAUUUCCAGGCAUAGACAUUCAACAACUUCUCUGGCUUCCUGUUCUGGUUUUGUAGCAUCUUCAAUGCAAACUUUUGUCUAAUGAAUAGUCAGAGAUUCACUUGCUGUAGCUUGCCUGUUGCUUCUUGAAGAGUCUGGCUCCAUAUUUUCUGUAACUAUCCAUUACAUAGUUGGGAGACGGCAGGUCCUUGAGCCUUAAUUUUCAAGCUGGACAAAUGCAGCUCAGCUUCCCUUGAGCCGUGUCAUGUGCUGCAGCCUUGUAACAAUUUUGGUGGUCCUCAGCUGGACUUGUUUCAUGUUUGUCAAUGUCUGGUUUUGUACUGACGAGCCCAAACUGGGUGGGAUCAGGGCUGGCUGUUAAAGUUGCAAGGGGAUACACAGACUCCUAUUCAGUGUGUCCACUAUUGGUCACAGAUCCCUUGGUUUAUUGUUUCUCAGGUGCAAGACUGAUGAACUGCACAAUUUUUUUUCCAUUGGUACAUCAGCCAGUCGAAAUCCAACUGAAUGGGACUUCUCCCGUGAUUUUGGGUUUUCCUGCUCCCAUUCUCCUGUUACUCAGCCUGGUAUCAUCUGCAAACUUGAUGAGUGUGUGCCACACUCCCUGCAGCCAAGUGGGGAAGGCAUAAAACAGUUUUGUCUCCAGUACCAGCCCCUGAGGUACUCGGCUUGCAGCUGGCUGCCACUGAGAUUUCCAAUCUAAACUACUGAAGUCUGAGCGCAGCAGUCCACCCUGUUUUUCAGCCCUCGUGGUAGGUUGUCCAUGCACUCUUAAGCGUGUUUUUCUGUGAAUCAGAGUAAGCAAUCAUUACUCUCUCCAUGUCCAUAAUAUUCAUCCCAGAUGGCAACUAGAUCAGGCUAGCACUAUAGUGGUUACUAUUACCAGUCACUUUAUUCCUCUUGGGCCUGGAUGCAAAUUUAAGGAGGAUUUGUUCUGUAAUCUUACCGGGGAUCGGGAUGAGGCUAGCCGCCCUGUAAUUGCCUGCAUCUUCCUUGUUUCCUCCUGCAUUGAAUGGGUGUGUUAUGCAGAAGGGUUCAUCACAAUCCACCGAGAAAACAGUCCUCUAUACAGUCAUUUUCCAAGGGUUCAUUCAUCAUUGUAUAGGAUUCAAAGUUAAAAAAGCAGCCAGUUAGAAUUGCAUGUUCCUGAGAUGCAUGGAAAACUAAAUGGCAGAAUUGAGCUGCUCCGAGUGCAGCUCAUACCCAAACUAUCUGUGGGCUAGUGAACAGUAACCUUGGUCCCAAACAUCUAGAUGCAAGUCCAAGCUGGUCUGGUUGAAGUCAACAUUGUUGACGUAUGGUUCUUUUGUACACAAUUCCGCACAGUGAAGAAAGGUGUAAUAUGAAUGAACAUGAACGAGGGUAUCUGAUCUUCUAGGAGACACAAAACAGUCUUCAGAACAAAAGACUGUUUACUAGGCAGCUGAUUGAGGGUAGCUAUCACCUCUAUUUUGUAGUGUUCUCUAACAGUUGGUAGAAUAAGUGCAACACAGAGUUGUAGCCUAGUAAAGCAGAAAGUAUUCAGGUAUUCAUCAAUUGCUUAUCAGACAUACCUUGCUGUCACUCUAGGUAUGUGUUACAUUCCUUUAAAAGUAAUGACUGAUUAAGAGAACUGCUGUGCAUUAGCAGAUGUUUUGUUGUUGGAAAUGAAAGAGUUUAAAAAGGUAGAAAAAGUUUCUUAAAAUCAUUCCUGAAAUCAUUCCUGAGCGUGGUGAGGCACUGGAACGGGUUGCUUGGAGAAGUCGUGGAUGCCCUAUCCCUGGAGGUGUUCAAGGCGAGGCCGGGUGAGGCUUUGAGCAACCUGAUCCAGUGGAAGGUGUCCCUGCGUGUGGCAGGGGAGGCUGGAAGUGGAUAAUCUUUACAGUCCCUUCUAACCUUAAGUAUUCUAUGAUUCUAAAUUGCUGUUAAUGCCCCUGUAGGAAGUUGAGAACCGUGAUCUGCAGAAAACCAAAAUUUGAGACUGCUUUUGAGUUAGAUGAAAAUACAAAGUGGGAAACUCCUUGAAAUCCUCUCCAGCUGCGGUCACUAAGAAUGUGUUUGAUCAGCCUGCCUGAACUGAACAGGAACUCUGCUUGGAGCACUGAGGCAGCAGGAAAAUGCCAUAAAUCCAGCCCUUAUCAAAAUUCCAGCCAUGUUGGCUUUGGGAUUGUGAUAAAUGUGUAGGACAGCUGGAAACUGCAGCAAAACAUUGAGAGCGUUGAGCCUUAUGUAAUGAGAUGGCUUGGUACAAAUGAAUGUUAAGUUGCAAGGUAGAGGCAAUGAAAGUAGCAAAGAUUUAUUGAAACCCAGAAAUAUUUGUAAGGAGACAUGCUCUGAAUGCCUUUGAUACAAAAGCCCUGCUGCAGUUAGUAGUUUUAAUCUUAGAUGGAGUGUUGUGUCUCAAUCAGAAGCUUUCUAGAGGCCAAUUUUUGGCAGUCUGUAUGUCUACUUCCCACUCCCCGCCCUUACCCUCCUCCCCCAAGUUAUUUAAAGCCAAGUGUCAGAGAGAACUGCUGUGCGUAUUAAUAUCUGAGGAGAGUAGCCAUUGCUGAACACACAGGUUCCGAGUUGAUGUCACUAUCCAGCCUGGCGUCUGCUUUUCGUGUCUAGGUGAUGUGCCAGCAGAUUGAUCUGCUGCAUCCAUUUCCAGGUUGAUCAGUCCAUGCUCAGUCUUGCAGCAAAUCGAGUCACCCGCCAGGCAAUGGGUGUGCUGUGUUGCUCCCCAGGGAAGUAAGUUUUUUGCUACUGCUGUUCUGGGAUAGCAGUAGAGCAUACACAAAUCCAAAUUAUGAAUUUGAGAAACAGCUCUGAUUUUAGUGGGAUGUGAGUGCAAGCAGCACAUUCUGUUUACUUCUGUCAACUAAGGGUUUAACUUUAUACAGUUGAAAAUUUAGUUAAUCAGGUUGUCUUUGUGUGUCUACCAUGGCAUUAUCAGAGCUUAAUACUGUAAAGAUGAAAAUCUAGACAUAAUCAGUGUCUUGAUAGCAUUGCAUCCCAUUAUUUCCCUGCCAGCUUUCCUGAUAGUCUCUUAUGCAGGACGAAGGCAGAAGGUAGAUGCCUUAGCUUUGCCUAGAAACAUUCUUUGGGAAGUCAAUUGCUGCACACCAGUGUCUGCGAAUAUCUAGUAAAGAAUCAUAGAAGCUCUAGGUUGGAAAAGACCUUCGAGAUUGAGUCCAACCAUAUUUGUCCACUACUCAGUCAUAUCCCUAAGCACUUCAUCUACCUGUCUUUUAAAUACCUCCAGGGAUGGGGACUUGACCACCUCUCUGGGCAGCCAGUGUCCAGUAACCCUUUUGGUGUAGAAAUUUUUCCUUAUGUCUAAACUGAACCUCCCCUUGUGCUACUUGGAAGUCAUUCCCUCUCAUCCUAUUGUCUAUCACUUGGGAGAAGAGACCAACACCCACCUUGCAUCAACCUCCUUUCAGGUAGUUGUAGACAGUGAUAAGGUCUCCCUUCAGCCUCCUUUUCUCUAGGCUAAAACAACCCCAGUUCCCUCAGCCGCUCCUCAUAAGACUUGUUCUCCAGCUGCUUCACCAGGUUCAUUGCUUUUCUCUGGACAUGCCCCAGCACCUCCAUGUCCUAUUUCUAGUGAGGGGCCCAAAACUGAACACAGUAUUAGGAGUUCGGUCUCAUCAAUGCCAAGUACAGAGGCAGAAUCACUUCCUUUGUCCUGCUGGCCACACUGUUUCUGAUACAAGCCAAGAUGCCAUAGACCUGGGUCACCUGGGCACACUGCUGGCUCGUGUUGAGCUGGCCCUCAACCCACACUCCCAGGUCCUUCUCCUCUAGGCAGCUUUCCAGCCACUUCCCCAAGCCUCUAGCACUGCAUGGGGUUUGUUGUGUCCCAGGUGCAGGACCCAGCACUUGGCCUUGUUGAACAUCAUUCUGUUGGUUGCAACCAUUGAUCCAGCCUGUUCGGUUUCCUCUGUAGAGCCUCCCUACCCUCAAGCAGAUGGAUGCUUCCUCCCAGCUUAGUGUCAUGAGUGAAUUUACUAGGGUAAAUUCAUCCCCUCAUCCAGGUCGGUGAUAAAGAUAUUGAACAGAACUGGCCCCAGCACUGAGCCCCAGGGAACACCACUUGUGACUGGUCCCCAGCUGGAUUUAGUUCCGUUUACUGCAACUGUUUGGGCCUGGCCAUCCACCCAGUUUUUAACGCACCAGAAGGUAUGCCUGUCCAAAAAGUGGAAUCAUCUGGUAGCAUCCCUACCAAAUGCUGAUGAACCCCCAGGUAAGAGUGUGGUACUUGUGCUCUUCACCUAUCACAGAGGUUUAAUCAUUCCAGAAGUAGAAGGAGACCUGUGGAGUAGCUUGCCAGAGGGAAAUCAGAGUCUUUGCCCUGGGGGAUGGACAAACUUUCUGGUAAUGAACAUGUGUCUGGAGUGCCUACUGAUUGUGAAAGAGAAAAGAAGCUGAUGUAGUCCAGCACUGAUGCUCUAAGCCCUGGACUAUCACUUACUGUGUCUACAGGCAAUGUGGGUGCAGAAGGAAGUGGAUUCUAAGUGGUUUUCAGAAAAAAAAGGGAUUUAGGAGAGUGUUUCCUGUGAUGUUUACGAUGCCUUAGUGGUCUUUUUGUGUUUCUGGUAUUUUUUGUAAGCUGCAUUUGUUAGAAGAGAGUGGAUGACAGGUUAUGAAAUAGAUAGUAAAGAUGCAAUACAGUGUUCUGAAAGGAUCCUGCCCUGUUCCUGAAUGUGCAUGUGUGCACGAAUUGAAGGCAGGAGGACUGAUUUCCCCUGGCUUCUGGUAGGAAUGCGCUUGGAACUGUCACACUCCAGCAUUUAGGGGUGUUGGAAAAUUUUACACGAUU